CAUAAAGGAUCCUUGAUAUUUCGAAAUUCCAUUCAUAAAUGUCAAUUUACAUAAAUACUUUUGUAAAAAAAAUGAAAUUAGACAAGGCAAUUCAAUUGAACAUUUUAGCUAACGUAGCUAUUAGAGAACUAGCUUAUGUCUGGGUCUGUUUCAUUCGUAAAGCUACGGUUUUCAUGGACCAAUUCAAGCAUGUAGUAACUUGAUUUAUAGUACUUCCUUUCCAUAAAUAUGUUACCUUAACGAAAAACAUCUUUGUCAUAAUCUUUGACAUUUUCCUCUAGUUCUUCUAGGAAUAACCGUUUGAGAUAUUUCGCUUAUUUUUCUGGGAAUUACUUAGAUUUUCCCCUGUUCUUCUUGGAAAACCUAUUAUGCAAUUAAAUAAAAUGUUUUAUUAGUACUCAUUCUUUAUACUGGUUAGCCGAAUAUUGUUUUCUUCCAAACCAUACCGGCGAAAACAUUAUUCUGUAACUACCCACGACUCUUUCUUCAUUCAAUUGUUGAUCGUCGUACUUAACGGACAUACUACCGAAAAGAAUAGUAAAAGACACACGAAGAAGAAGAAGAAGAAGAAGAAGAAGAAGAAGAAGAAGAAGAAGAAGAAGAAGAAGAAGAAGAAGAAGAAGAAAAAGAAGAAGAAGGAGAAGAAGAAUUGGCCUGAUUUUAAAUUCACACCAAGGCAUGUCUUCAUUCAGGGACAUCCGUAGGUGGUCGUGGUAUUGAAAACAUGUAAAUCAUUCAGGAGACAGAAGAAAUUUUGAUGAUCGUCCUCACCUGUUUUUAAACGUAACUGAAACCAAACUCCCUUAAUUGUAUGGUGCUCGCCGCUUAUAUUUUUCGACAAACAUCCGCAGAUCUCUACAAUAAAUUUGUGUUGCCUUAACAAUAUUAGCGUGUUCCUGACGAUAAAGAAUUAUACAAUGUCAAUCCAGAAUGAUUUAUACGUGUCAUCGGUGCUUUUAUAUGAAAUGUAACUAAACAGAACAAAAAAUACUGUUUCGACAAUUAAAACUGAUAAGAAUGCAAAUGAGGUAACCUAACUCCGUCAGAGCUUGUUUAAAUCAUUAUCAAAUCGUUUUGAAAAUUAUAAAGCGUUGAAGUCAGCCUUUCUAAGGACGGACUCCCCUUCAUUUGAGAAGUAUUUGGGAUUGAAUGUGUAGGGGUUUACCUGAGAGUUCUUAUUGGCUUUAAACAGUCAGCAUUCCUUUUGCCGCAUGGUUUGAGUCAAGAUGUGCGUAUUAAAUUUUGUUAUGGAAAACUAAACUAAGGUAACUGUAUCGUAUUUCAUCUAGUCAAAUGGAGUACUUAAUUCUAUAUGACAUUUGAGAUUUUCCUUAAGUUAUUUUAGGAAUAGUGUUAUAUCAGUUUGAAUAUGUUUAAUGUAUUACUUAUUUUCCGAAAAUGCGAACGGGUAUUGUUUUCUUCUACGAAAAUAUCAAGGAAAAUAUUAUCCUUUUUGUUGAUGGAGAUCAGAUACCACAAAAGAUAGGAUGUAUUACAUCAGGCCUUUUAUUAUUCAUAAAAACAUUUUAUUUAUUUUGGCGCCCGAAAUCCUGCAAAACACUGGGCCAUUAUAGCCUUAUUUGGGAUCCAUAUCAACGCGUGAUACGAUUGGACUUAUUUUAAGUUGCUAUUCAGGUGAUAAUAAUAAAACUUCAGAACGCCCCGUUGUAAAUAUAAAAUAUCAAAAGAGACGCCCGUGCGUUUAGAUACAAUGCAAAGACCUUCAGAAUGAUGUUACUCGACACGUUUAGCACACUUUUUGAGAGUUGCUGCAACAACGACGAUAAAGAUACCGGUUGGUGUGGCUUAAUAUGCAGCUGCUGUCUUAAUCAUGGAUUAUCUUACGUUUUAUUUUUUCCUUUAAUGUGCCAAUAUCCUGCAAUUGUAUUCAUUUUGUGCCUGUAUAUCGUUAUAGUUCUUAACGUUUAUCUGGUUAAUCAUCUGCAAGGUAAUUUGCAAGGUUGUGGAAAGAAAAAGCGAUGUUUUGAUGAACUCAGUUGGAAUUUCUAAAACACGAUACACUGGUGCUGUGCGGCAUUAUUGUUUUGGAUGUACAAUUGAGCAUCCAGCAGUUCACUAACCCACAGGGGCGAGAGCUUCAAUGUGCUGGUUAUAAUGCCCAACAUAAUGAAUUUUGUUCAUACAGUUCCCGGCCCCAAGUUAAAUGUGAUACAUUACUGGAAUAAGGAUAAUAGAUGAUAAUUUGAUACGACCCAGCUUGUAACUUUAAGUCGGCGUAUUAUGUACUUCAUAUGUCCUUUUUACAACGGUGUAUAAUAUUAUACUAUACCAGUAUCAAUUUCGCAUUAUCAUUUAUUUUUUCCCUUAUCUGCGAACAAAUGUGAUUUUAAAACUACAUUUUGUAUGUCGAUCCCAUCAGUGUUUUGCACACUUCGUGCACAAUUUAAAUAUGUCACAAACCUGUUUUUCAAACAACGUUCCUCUGUUUCUGACCCAGGCCAUGUUACACCCAUUUUCCCUUAAAUGUAUAAAGAUAACAAAAACACACAACACAGACCUUGGUCAAUGGUCACUUUCUGUUUCUUUCUCUCAAAGCCUAUUAUUUGCAGCAGUCAAAGCAUGAAGCUUAGUUGAACCAACUAAACAAAGUUUAAUUAUUGUGGUCGAAUCUUUUUCUUAUAUAUCAACUUGCACUUCUAAAGCUUAUAACAUACUUUCUGAAACUGAGUAUGCAUUAUAAUGAACGGAGACACGGUAACAGUAAUAUCAAUAAUUUAAAAUGUUUAGAUCCCAUGUAGUUGAUUCAGUAGAGGGAAAGUGGACACCAUCGUCUAAUCUAAAUGCUUUUUGCUAACUUUUGGCUGGGCAGGGGAUCAAACUCACAAUCCCUGGCUUAAAUUGGACCUGUUGAGUUAUGUUCGCUUGACUUUGAGUUUAGCUCAGAAAAUAAUGUCAGAAGAACCAAUUAUUGAAUUUUUGACGAAAAGACUGUUAUGUGAUCAAAAUGCCAACCUUUUCAUGACAAAUACUGUAAACAACAUACCUACUGCAGUUUCUUUCCAAAAACUGGCUCCCAUCUCAAGUAAAAAUUAUCUGCAAUGUGCAUUGAAUUCUGAACUGGACUGGGCAUGUUGUCACCAUCAUCGCCAGGCACACAUACAUAAUAAAAUUAUAUUAUACAUAAUGUUGUUUAUACCAAGCUAUUAUGAUUUAAAAAAAAUAGCUUGACAUUACAACAAAAUAUAUGUAUUUGUGCUACUCAAGAAAGUCAUCAAGAUAAAGUAGAUCUGUCAACUUGUUUAAGAAAGACGACUAUUGAAGGACUUCUGCCACGUCGUGAAAUCUUUUCAAGAGUGCCUGGAUCAGCAAGAAAGCUUAAACGGGGAUUAGUUUAGUGUGUUUGGGUAGAAACAAACUCCCCGCAUAUCUUUGUUGAAAGCGCCGUGCUUGUGUUCCGGCGGUCGUUUGUUCGUGCCCAUCACCAGGCGCAAGUUGAUUUUAAGCAUUUCAUUUCAAGCUAAUCUUUGUGAUUAUUUGUUCUUUUGAUCAGGAAUGGAACGGUUUUCAAAAAAGUAUUGUCUUUAAAGAAAGAAAUUUCAUGUACUCAAUACAAUACUAAUAAUCUUCAAAGAAGAGAAUGAAUUCUGAGCGAGCAUUUUCAUUCAAUUAGUGUAAAAUGGAAUUUCAUGCCAAGAGAAGCCAGUAUUCCAUAAACACGCUGUACGUUUCUGCCCAAAUAUGAUAAAAAUGAACGUAUUAAACAUCGUUUGAUUACUAUCAAGUGUCCCCGACAUGCACAUUAGAUUUUUAUUCGUACGAAAUCACGUAGUAAACUUUUUUGCGGAUGUGGACCAGAUGGGGUAUGGCCUGGAAUAUAUGCAUACAUAACAGUGGCAAAAACUCAAUUUUACGAACAAAGUAAUACACUAAAACGCUAAAAAUUAUGGCCGCAUAGCAGACCUUAAAGAGUAUGAAACUUAUUUAUCUGUAAAAGAGAUUUUGUUUAAAUUAGACACGCUCUUAUAAAGACAAUUGUAUAUUGCGUAUCAAAUAUUUAUAACCAUACUUGUGGAUAUAAUGGCGAAAUAUUGAAAAAAAUGAGAUGAUUUUACUAGAAAUACCUUUUUUUGACACAUGCGCUUUUGUUUAGUAAUAAAGAUGCAUUAACGAACUUACGACGGAUGCAGAAAGCGCAUACGAUGAAAACCGGCUUUACAUUCAAAUGCAUGAUAACUAGUGUCUCAUGGCAACGAAUACUAACUAGUUUUUUGCAUAUAUAUUAAAUAUAUGUCGUGUUCCAAAAUUGAUAAAAGUUUUGUGUUAACGAAUCUCGAAAGAAAUCUAAUUUCGAAAACUGAACCCAUUUCUUCAAUCGACAUUAUCCAUUUGUAGUCGCGAAAUAUAGUAUGUCAUGCAUUGCUCCAAUUGUUCUCAAAUUAUUCUUAUAUAUUUGUAAAAAUCGGUGCAAAACCAAGGCUUUCAUAGUUUGUUCAAACAAAGAAUUGUAAUUCUAUAAAGAUUAGAAACUUCUUAUAUAUAUUCUUUUAUUAUUUGGAAUUGCAGGUCUUGUCAACAGUGUCUUCAUAUAAGCUUUGUACUAUCAACAGCAUCUGUUUAUAUUUUUCCGACUGCAAUAGGGUGACACUUUAUCUUCAGAAUUAAGAACAACAACAACAACAAACAAACAUUAGGCGCCCGGUCAAACUCGAUUUCAAAACAAUAUAUGUAACAUUCUGACCGAUCAACACGACUGUUGCUCAUGAAAGGGGAAAUAAGAUAUAUUUAUUUUGUUUCUCCUAAUACAUUUUAAUUAAGUAGUUAAUUCGCCAAAAUGUAAAGAGAAACGUCACCGGUCUGGUAUCCGGCACUUGGUGAUUAUUGAGCGGGAUGGUAAACGCCAGGUUGUGUGUUAGUGGGUUGAGUGUUUUGAUCGACGCUAGGCGAUUGGCGAGUGGGUCGUUCUGCGCUAUACGAUGUACGAGCGAGUUUUUUUUUCCACGCCAGGCGCUGAAUGAUCGGUUCGAGUGAGAUAUUUAACGCCAGGCGCUGUGCAAGCUGGCAGUUCAACGAAAGCCAAGCGGUUGUCCGACGCAAGGCGCUGUGUGACCUGUUUGAGUUGGUUAAUGGACGCCAGGCAAUGGAUGAGCAUUUUGAGGGAGUUGGAAGACGCCAGGUGCUUGGCAAGGGGGUUGCGUGGAUAGGUCAACACCAGGGGCCGGUUGCUCAAAACCUCAGUUAAAUUUAACUGCUCGUUAAAGGUUUAACGGUCCGUUUAAUUUUAACUAUUAUUGGCAUGAGGUUGCUCAAAAUAAAGUUAGAAUUUAACGGCGGGUUUAACGGUUGAACCAGCCGUUAAAUGUAACGGAGGAAUAGACCUACGUUAAAACAUUAACGGAAGGUUUCCAAGAUUGCGGCUCUAUUUGUAAAUCAUAGAAAAGUGAAAGAAUUUCGGCACACUGCACAUGUACAGAAUAUGCUAGACAAUGAGAUAUAUGCCAGAUACAGAUAUACGAAUGGUGAAAUAGAUUAUCAAGAGGAUUUGCUGAAGGAAUCGCUGGAUAGAACGACAAUAAGAAACAGAGCACUUACUGUUAGACAGAUGAUUCUGAUUACGUCGCGCUUCUUCGCCACAGGAGCAUUUUUAACAUCAUCGGUGAUAGCAUGAGCUACCACAAGUGCACUGUGUCACGUGUUGUAGCCCAAGUAACAGAAGCAAUUUGUGGUCACAUACAUCAGUUUGUGAUGUGGUCUGAUGCCAAUGCUCGAGCAUGGAAUAUGACAUAAUGUUUUAAGAAAGCUGGUUUCCCGAAUGUUGUUGGAUGUGUAGACGGAACACAUAUCCGAAUCCAGGCGCCAUCCGAAGACGAACCAGCCUUCGUGAAUAAGAAAGGCUUCCAUAGCAUCAACAUGCAGGCUGUAUGUGACAUCAAAGGAAAAUUUACAAGUGUAAAUGCAAGCUGGCCUGGGUCGUGCCACGACGCGCACGUCUUCAGAACGUCGGGAUUGGCAGCCAAACUGACCAUUGAACAUGUGGCGUUUUCAGAUGGUGUCCUUUUAGGAGACAGUGGGUACGCCCUGAAGCCAUUCCUCAUGACCCCUUUUGUUAGGGUUGACAGUGAAGCAAAGGAAAGAUAUCAACAGGCACACACUCGGACAAGGGCCUACAUCGAGAGAGCAUUUGGCAGGCUUAAGAGGAGAUUUCGUGUUUUACAUUCAGAGGCUAUUUGUUUUUGCAUAUUUUGACGGCAGAUCCAGCAACACGUUGUACAUGCGACAUAGCUGAUAGCUCAAAGACUGUUUCUGUCAAGGGAUUUGGUUUCCAGGUAGUGCGGUGAGUUAUUAAACAUGUAAUUUAAUUCUUUGUUUCUAACACUAACCAAAUCCCGCUCGUUAUAUUUGAUACAGUGUUGUGCGGUAUCAACUAGUUGUCACCGAAAUCCAUUACGCCUGUUUAUGUGGGUAACACAUUUUGCACUGUCGGAUGGCCCAGCUCCAAGCUCAAAGAUUGUAGUCCCUUUGCAAUCAUUUAACUUUUUGUUGUUGUUUGAUCCUUGAUAGCAGUGAGGACACAGAAAUUAACAUCACCAAAGACAGCUUGUUCAGCCUUGAACACAUUGAAGGCACUUAAGGUAAACUUAUCCUAGACCGCUUGCUGAACAAUGAGGACAUUGAAGACGCUGAGGUAUCAACAACCAAGAUCGCUUGUUCAGCCUUGGUGACAUUGAAAAUACUUAAAAUAACCUUAUCCUAGACCGCUUGUCAGACUUUAAAAUCAUUGAAUACACAAAAGGUAACCUCAUUCAAGAAUGAUUGUUGAGCCUCGAUGACACUGAGGGCAAAUAAUUUAACCUCAUCCUCGAUCAAUUGCUGAGCCUUGAGGACAUUAAUGACAAAAACUGUUAUCUCAUCCGAGAUUGCCCUUGAAGACUUUGGAAACACAGACGGUAACCUCAUUCUAGACCGCUUGUUAAGCCUUAAAGGCAUUGAGGACACAGACGGUAACCACAUUCGGGACCGCUUGUUAAGUCUUGUUGAUAAUAAGAACUCAGACGGAAUCCUCAUUCUAGACCGCUUGUUAAGCCUUGAUGGCAUAGAGAGCACAGGCGAUAACCUCAUCCUAGGUCGCUUGUUAAGCCUUGAUGACAAUAAGUACACAGACGAUAACUUCAUUCAAGAUCGCUUGUUAAGCCUUGUGAUCAUUGAGGAAACAGACGGUAACGUCAUACUAGAUCGCUUGUUAAGCCUUGUGAUCACUGAGGAAACAGACGGUAACGUCAUACUAGAUCGCUUGUUAAGCCUUGAUGGCAUUGAGGACACAGACGGUACCUUCAUACUAGACGGCUUGUUAAGUCUUGAUGACAAUAAGAACUCAGACGGAAUCCUCAUUCUAGACCGCUUGUUAUGUCUUGAUGGCAUUGAGAGCACAGACGAUAAACUCAUCCUAGACCGCUUGUUAAGCCUUGAUGACAAUAAGGACACAGAAUGUAACGUCAUUCUAGAUCGCUUGUUAAGCCUUGUGAUCAUUGAGGACACAGACUGUUACCUCAUACUAGAUCGCUUGUUAAACCUUGAUGGCAUUGAGGACACAGACGGUAACCUCAUACUAAACCGCUUGUUAAAUCUUGAUGACAAUAAAAACUCAGCCGGAAUCCUCAUUCUAGACCGCUUGUUAAGCCUUGAUGACAAUAAGGACACAGAAGUUAACGUCAUUUUAGAUCACUUGUUUAGCCUUGAUGGCAUUGAGGACACUGACAGUAACCUCAUCCUAGACCGCUUGUUGAGCCUUGGUGGCAUUGAGGACACAUACGGUAACUUCAUUCUAGACCGCUUCUUAAGCCUUGAUGGCAUUGAGGAUACGGAGGGUAACCUCAUUCUAGACCUCUUGUUAAGCCUUGAUGGCAUUGAGGAUACGGAUAUUAACCUCAUUCUAGAUCGCUUGUUAAGCCUUCGAGGCAUUGAGGACACAGACUGUAACCUCCUACUAGAUCGCUUGUUAAGCCUUGAUGACAAUAAGGACACAGAAGGUAACAUCAUUCUAGACCGCUUAUUAAGCCUUGUGAUCAUUGAGGACAAAGACGGUAACCUGAUCAUAGAUCGUUUGUUAAGCCUUGGUGUCAUUGAGGAAACCGACGGUAACCUCAUCCUAGAUCGCUUGUUAAGCCUUGAUGACAAUAAGGACACAGAAGGUAACGUCAUUCUAGAUCGCUUGUUAAGCCUUGUGAUCAUUGAGGACACAGACGGUAACCUCAUCCUAGACCGCUUGUUAAGCCUUGUGAUCAUUGAGGACACAGACGGUAACCUCAUCCUAGACCGCUUGUUAAGCCUUGAUGGCAUUGAGGACACAGACGGUAACCUCAUUCUAGACUGCUUGUUAAGCCUUGAUGGCAUUGAGGACACAGACGGUAACCUCAUUCUAGAUCGCUUGUUAAGCCUUGAUGGCAUUGAGGCCACAGAUGGUAACCUCAUACUAGACCGCUUUUUAAGCCUUGAUGACAAUAAUGACACAGAUGGUAAUGUCAUUCUAGAUCGCUUGUUAAGCCUUGUGAUCAUUGAGGACACAGACGGUAACCUCAUCCUAGAUCGCUUGUUAAGCCUUGAUGGCAUUGAAGACACCGACGGUAACCUCAUUCUAGACCGCUUGUUGAGCCUUGAUGGCAUUGAAGACACCGACGGUAACCUCCUACUAGACCGCUUGUUAAGCCUUGAUGACAAUAAGAACACAGACGGUAACGUCAUUUUAGAUCGCUUGAUAAGCCUUGUGAUCAUUGAGGACACAGACGGUAACGUCAUUCUAGAUCGCUUGUUAAGCCUUGAUGGCAUUGAGGGCACCGACGGUAACCUCAUCCUAGACCGUAUGUUUAGCAUUCAUGGCAUUGAGGACACAGACGGUAACUUCAUACUAGACCGCUUGUUAAGCCUUGAUGGCAUUGAGUACACAGACGGUAACCUCAUACUAGACUGCUUGUUAAGCAUUGAUGUCGCGAACAUCGCAAAUUAUUAGGUAUUGUUAUGUUUUUGUCAUAUUUUUUUCAGUUUAAUUAUUUAAUAACUAAACUUAUAAGUUAUUUUUGACUCAUGAUUUUGACUCCUGACGUUGACUCCUGAUUUUCUCCUGAAAGUUAUCCCACAAUAUUCCGUGCUUCACGUUUUUCUCAUUGUCUGCUGCAGUAUAUAAAUGAGACUGAGCAAUAAGUAAGGGGUGUUUUUGAGUCUUUUCAGAGGUCAGUUUGUAGUAAGGCUUCUUUUAGGAUUUCAUAAUAUUGCAAAAUGGACUAUCCGUCAGUCAGUCCGUAAGUCGAUCAGUCUGUCAGUCAUUCAGUACGUCACAAUCGUUUCCGCUCAAUAACUAUAGAACGCUUAUACACAGGAACUUUGUACUUGGUAUGCUAGUUGGUUGACUAGUAGAUGGCACCUAUAGCUUUUGAGAUCAUAAGGUCAAAGGUCAAGGUUACAUUCAGGUAAGAAACGAUAUGUUGGCAUUGACCUUAAGCUUAAAAAUGGUUUCUGCUCCAUAACUUUUGCUCUUUAACGCUUGUACUUACGAACUUAAUACUCGGUAUGCUUGUUGAUCAUGACUAGUAGAUGACUCCUAUCGGUUUUGAGAUCACUAAGUCAAAGGUCAAGGUCGCCGUGAUCAUGAGGUGAAGAAACGGUUACCGCUCAGUAACUAAAGAACGCUUGCACUCAGGAACUUCAUACUUGAUAUAAGUAGAUGACCUGUAUUGAUUUUUUUAUCAGUCCGUUAGUCAGUCAGUCAGUCAGUCCGUCAGUCUGUACGUCACACUUUGUUUCCAAUCAAUAAAUAAAGAACGAUUGCGUUCAGUAACUUAUAUUAUAAAGAACACUUGCACCCAAAAAAUUAAUACUUGGUUUGCUAGUUGGUCAUAUAGAUGAUCCCUAUGAUCCCUAUUGAUGUUGUGAUCCUAGGUCAAGGUCACGUCGACCUUUGCUGAAAAACUGUUUCCGAUCAAUAAUUGAAUAACGCUUGUGCCCAGGAACUUCAUACAAUGCAAUCUUCGUUAACCUUAAGUAGUAGUAGUAGUAGUAGUAGUAGUAGUAGUAGUAGUAGUAGUAGUAGGAGUAGGAGUAGGAGUAGGAGUAGUAGUAGUAGUAGUAGGAGUAGGAGUAGGAGUAGGAGUAGGAGUAGGAGUAGGAGUAGGAGUAGUAGUAGUAGUAGUAGUAGUAGUAGUAGUAGUAGUAGUAGUAGUAGUAGUAGGAGUAGGAGUAGUAGUAGUAGUAGGAGUAGGAGUAGGAGUAGGAGUAGGAGUAGGAGAAGUAGUAGUAGUAGUAGUAGUAGUAGUAGUAGUAGUAGUAGUAGUAGUAGUAGGAGUAGUAGUAGUAGUAGUAGUAGUAGUAGUAGUAGUAGUAGUUGGAGUAGUAGUAGUAGGAGUAGUAGUAGUAGUUGGAGUAGUAGUAGUAGGAGUAGUAGUAAUAGGAGUAGUAGUAGUAGGAGUAGUAGUAGUAGGAGUAGUAGUAGUAGUUGGAGUAGUAGUAGUAGGAGUAGUAGUAGUAGGAGUAGUAGUAAUAGGAGUAGUUGUAGUAGGAGUAGUAGUAGAAGGAGUAGUAGUAGUAGUUGGAGUAGUAGUAGUAGGAGUAGUAGUAGUAGGAGUAGUAGUAGUAGUAGGAGUAGUAGUAGUUGGAGUAGUAGUAAUAGGAGUAGUAGUAGGAGUAGUUGGAGUAGGAGUAGUAGUAGUAGGAGUAGUAGGAGUAGGAGUAGUAGGAGUAGGAGUAGUAGGAGUAGGAGUAGGAGUAGUAGGAGUAGUAGUAGUAGUAGUAGUAGGAGUAGUAGGAGUAGUAGUAGUAGGAGUAGGAGUAGUAGGAGUAGGAGUAGCAGUAGCAGUAGCAGUAGCAGUAGCAGUAGGAGUAGCAGUAGGAGUAGCAGUAGCAGUAGUAGUAGUAGUAGUAGUAGUAGUAGUAGUAGUAGUAGUAGUAGUAGUAGUAGUAGUAGUAGUAGUAGUAGUAGUAGUAGAGUUGAUAUGAUUAUUACCAUUAAUAUUUUCAUUAGUAUUGCAUUGGGACAUUUCGAGAUAUUUAGUAGAAAACAAAAUUAUAUUUUUGCACCCUAGCUUUCGUAAAAGCCUCUUACGUAAUGUUUUAUGAUAUUAAAAAUGCUUAUUAUUUAAAAAGAAAUUAUCAGACAUAUAAGACUACGGAAUGAGUCUAACUAAAUCAAUUAUAGAAAAAAAAUUCUAUGAAACCCCAAAAGCUUGAAUGUAUAACUUUGAUAAGCACCUUACGGAUUUAAUGUAGUCCUAUCUCUGAUACCCGAAGUAGUUCAUAUUGUGUUAUAAAUCAUCUAUUAAAAAAACAAAUGUUUUAUUGUUUUAUCAAAACACCAGAAUUACUUUAUGAAACCGCUGGUCCACAGUAAGUAAAAUCAAGUCACCUACUAGAUGCUAUCCAGGGUGAACCAUCGAUUUAGCAAGUCAACUCUAAGAUAUGUUUAUCAAAACAUAAAAAAUAAAUUAUUGACACCGUUUGUACACAGGGAGUAAAAUCCACUCACUUACAAGAUGGAAUCAGAAACUGUGCAGCUCGGUUGUGCCAUUUGUUUGUUUUUUGGCACCCUUUAUGCAAGGGAUUGCCCUGUAUACGCCCUGGUGGGGGUCCAACUCAACGUGCGAUUCGAUUGGACUCAUUUACAGUUGCUGCUCUUGGGAUGAUUAUAAUCCCUGGGAACAAAACGUUGGCGAUGGUAUUAUACACGCUCUUGUGUGGGGCCUCCAUAUAGCUGCUUUUGGAAGCAGUUUUCUCCUGCUGUACGUCCCUGGAGAUGAGACAUGCCCGUGUAGUAAUCACGAAUUAUCUUAAGGUUUAUAUCUUUUGUAGCUAUUUUCCCUUGAUAAAUACUCCGUACCUCUCUUCAAGUCAGUAAAAUAUGCCGAAAUAAUUGUUUGAUAUAAAAAAGUGCAUAUGUUUGAGUAAAGAUGUUUUUGGAAAAAAAAUACCUUUUAUUAGGGAAAUGGUAUAAACGUUUUGGCGAAGUGUUUUUGAAACUGAAUGUUUGAACAUUUGUAUCGCACAAUGCAUCAGACGAAAAAAAUACUCGAACUUCGUAAUUUUAAUAUCCCGGAAUAUUUACUGUUAAAAUCUUAAAUACCCCACCACAUAUCGAAUUUCAAAAAUUAAGCGCAGUCAUAUUUCAAUCUUGUAACCAUGUUUCAGGACAGAGACUUUCACCUGACUUGGAAUAUUGUUUUUAAUCUAAUAUUUAUCUACUUUUGUUUUGUUCACAUAUUUGAUCUUUCAAAUAAUCAUUUGGUAAAUGAACAGCGUUAUUUGGUCAACGUACUCAUGCAGAAAAUUUUAGCAUUAAAUAUUAUUAGUUGUAAGUUUUCCGACACUUCAUACAUCAAUGAAACGCAGAAAAAUAAUAUUCAAUACUUAUAAUUACAACUUUAAAGAAAAAAAAUCAUUUUAUUUUUUCUAUUAUUCAAGAACCGCUCGAUUAUUCCAAGUAGCAUGUAGCCUUCCCACGCGUAUGAAUACAUUGUCGACUUGGAGACACGUGGAGGUAAAUUUAGUUACAAUGAGACCAGUAAUAGCUGCCAACUCCUCAUUUCUUUACUAUCUCGAAACGGAUUAAAAGCAUUUUCCAGGUAAGAUAGUUACGUAAAUGCGACUCUGAAAUGUUUAUUCCAUUAUGCCAAUAUUUUUUUUCUCAAUUAAACCUACUGCCCUGUUGUUUAAAUUCAAGAAAGGUUGGCAUGCCAUUACUUAUUACUUACAUUCAUUAAGCUGUUGACCUAGAUCCUAACUUUCAUUUUCACUUAUAUUUUUAUUUUUAACUUCAGGCAAAUCAUCAAAAGAAAUUUUCAUCAGUUUUUCAAUUGCUGGAUGAGUCUCAACAGCAGCAGCACCCGCAGCACCAGCAGCAGCAACAGCAGCAGCACCCGCAGCACCAGCACCUGCAGCAGUUUGCUCACUCGAUUCCGACUCAGACAACUCGAAACCGAAAAGUUCUUUAAAUAAGUCGAAAUCUGACAGAUCACCCGCUUUGUUGACCCUGUGCUGCAGACGAACUUUCAGUUUCCUGUUCUCCGCAACCAAUUAAUUGUCAUUAAUAAUAAAACAUAAAACCAGAACAAUAUUUUUAAAAGGUUUAUUGUUCAAUUGUUGCUUUAUUUUAACCCCAAAUAUUUUUAAGAAGAAAAAAAACAUAUAAACGGCUUAUUAAUGUAAAUAUCUUCCUACUAUGACGUCACGCCAAACAGGAAAGUGGUCCGGUUAUGAAUAUUAAUAUGCUGAUUUGCAUACAUGAAUGUUUCAUGGAAAAAUGACUGAAUGUCACAUAGGCUAUUUUAUAGGAUUAAUAGGAUUUAAGCAUUUACUCGCUAAUGCUCAAAGUUGUAAUUAUUAGGAACAUUAAAUGCAUUAAUAAAAGCAUACGAGAAACAGGAAAUGCGUAGAUUUCACUGCUAGGUCGUAUUUUAUUUUCAAUUAUGAUCAAAGCUUAACUUUAUUUUUAUUCAAGACUUAAUCAGUUUUUCCAUGUCACGCGUUGAAUGCAUUGCAAUUUUGCACAGAAAUCAACAAAUAACCUUUAUAUUAUGUAAUGUUAAAGCACAUGCAUUACCUCUUAAUUAACUAAAAUAUUCCGUGGUUAUUGCUUGUUGGAAACCUAUAGGAUUAUGGAAUCACACAAUAUAAAACAUAGGAUACUACUUAGACCGAUAAGAAACACAAUACCAACUGCGUUGGAAUGAAAACAAAACGAUUCAUUUGAUGAGUACUGAUGGCUGGCCUUUGAUUGAUGUCCCUUUAUACAAAAUCGCAGUAUGUUUAUAAUGCUGGAUUUUCAAACAGUAUACUCAUGAUAGUCUUAUUCUGUUUUCAGGUGUCUUCAGCUUUGUAGGCUGCAUGCUCUGGGUUUUAAAAUACUCCGUUUCAUCACUUGGCUUCUCAUUCGCUCUGUCGUUGACUUCUGCAUGUCUCGUUUUGCUGACGACAGCCUACCUUGUGAGAGUUGCUAUCAAUACGUACACACACAUUAUACUAUUGUUUGUCCGCUGUUCAGAGUUUCUUGGACGAAUGUUGCGAACUGCAGAAACGGAAACAACAGCCUAUCUUGAGCUUUUGAAAUUCAAUAUGUUGGAAAGGUUAAAUGAGUGGUACGAGCGCUGUUUAGAGCAUCCUAUAAGAAGGCUGCGUGGCCAAUAAUAUAUAGAGAGGAAAAUGAAUGAAAUGAACAACGUGAUCAUUAAAUCAAAUUAAUGAUAAUUGGAUAUUACCUCCAUAGCUGCAGAAACUGCAUUAACGCAAGUAGCGGAAUACAUUUUAUUUUGUUGAAAAAGGUUGUUUUCUAAUAGCAGUGUAAUGAACUUGUAAUAGUAUUGUGUAACCUACAUAUCGGUUCUUUUAUUGAACUGUCGGUCAUUUAGUUGACCACAUCUUUUCUGCGGAAUACUUUGUAUAUACAGUCGAAACUAGCUAUGUUUAUCUCUGUAAUCUCGAUUUUCUAGUGAUGUCGAAAAAAAAAGAAAAUUGUAUUUCGAAUA